AUGAAAAAAAAAGUGAUUGAUGCACUGAAAGAUGAUAAAUACAUGUUUAACCCAGCUCCUACAUAUAAAAAUGAAAAGGGUACAGAAGACAAGCUAAAGAAGAAGAAACUAAGAGAAAAAAAACAACUCUAAAGAAGAGCUUAAUUAGCUGAGUAUAUAUCUAGUGAUGAUGAUGGACCUUAAAAUAAAUAACCGAUCCUAGAUCAAGAUGAUUAUGGCGCAUUAGGAGAUUUAGAUUAAGAUAUAUUGGGUUAUUUUUAAAUGAAAAGCUAAAAAAUUCUUAAUAUGACAUAAAAAAUACCUGAUUAAGUAUGAUUGAUUUUGCUUAUAUAUUAGAUUUUUGAUGUAGGAUCUUUGCAUCUAGGGUGCAUCUCAUCCAUUGGUCCCAAUGGAGCUUAUUUGAUUAUCAAUUUCACAAGAAAUAAGAAAGGAUUUGUGGAUUAGCAUAAUCUCAGAGAUAGAAAGGGUGUGAACGGAGGAGAUUAUAAGGUGGGAGAAUAUGUAAUCACUAAAGUAAUAGAAGAACAGAAGAGCAACAAAGUAUAAUUGAGUUUGCAUCCAAAUGUCAUAAACGAUCAAUUAAGUGUAAAUUAAUUAGUAGUUGGUAUGUAAAUACCUGGAAUAGCCUAAACUUGGAAUGAGUUUGGAACCACAAUUAAUUUUGGAUCUUAAUAAUUUAGUGGGUUUAUUAAUGAGAAGAAACUCAAGUGUGGAAGGGUUUAUCUCUUUAACAUUAAAGAAGUAGAUUAAAAGGAGAAAAUUGCAAUUUGUGAUUUUGAAUAGAGAGAUGUUUAACUCUAAAAUAAAAAGCAGAUUUCAAAACAUCUGCUCACUCCUGGUAAUCUAUGGAAAUGCAAUAAUGCAAAAUCAAUUACAGGCGGAUAAAUUGUUAAGCUUAAUAAAUUUGGUGUCUUGGGAUAUAUAUUUUAAGAUUAUUAGGUUGAACAAGAAAAGAACAUAUUAUGCAGAAUAAUUGGAUUUGAUGAACCUUCAAGAUAAAUCUACCUAUCAAGUAAAUAAGAGCAUAUUGAUAAUACUACUUACAUUCCCCCUUAUGAAGUUGGUUAAUAAUAUUAAGGUGUUGUAAUUAAUCAAUAAUUAUAUUCUGGGGCUUAUCUUGUGAAUGCCAUCCUGAAUGACGAUUAAGCAUAAACUAAAAAAAGCAAGAAAGCUGUUAAGGCUAAAUAGCCUAAUUUGGGACCGAUUUGCAUGUUAAACAAAACUUAGAUUCCUGCUGAUUAGGAAAUGAUUGAUCACAUUUAAAGAACUUGCAUUAUAAAAGAGAUAAAUUAUUUUGAUCAUGUCGGCUUUGUAUCAUUUGAAGUAAAUUCAAAACCUAAAUUAAGUGAUUUGAAUGUUGGUGCUAUUGUUAAAGGAGUCGUUAAGUAAGUUCUACUUAAAGAAGAUUCAUACAGUGUUUUAUUGAACAUUAAUGACACUUUUCAUGCUAUAUUACCAUCGCUCUAGAUGUCAGAUUAUCCAUUGACAAACCCACCAAAAUUUAGAGUAGGCAGCAAAUUAAGAGUCAGAAUUUUAUAAAUUGACGAAUAACAUAACAAUAUCAUAGUAACUAUGAAACCUACUUUAUUAACAGAUAUUAAAGUAUUUAAAACACUAGAUGAAGUUAAUGUGGGUGACACAUUAUAUGGAUUUACAAUUAAAAAGUUAGAAAAUGGAAUCCUAGUCAAAUUCUUUUAGAAUAUUGUUGGGUUUCUGUCUAAUCUGAGUCUUGAUGGAUAAAAUCCUGAUGAUAUUAAGGACGGUCAAAUAAUUAAAGUAUAUGUUAAGUAUGUAAAUUAAAGUGAAAAUAAAUUGCUACUGACAUUAAAAAAGGUAGACCCAAAAUAAAAGCAAGUUAAUGAAGGAUAAACUCAAAAUGUUGUUAUGACAAAGCAUAUUAAGACUAAAUUAAAUUUAGGUGAAAAAGUGCAAUGUGUUGUGAGUUCAAUAAAGAAUAAUGUAGUUUAUGUGAAUCUCAAGGAUGGAAAAUUUGGUAGAAUUCAUAAAGCCUUGUUUGAGUGUUACAGGAAUGAGGAUAGAUUGUUCAAAUUACAAAGUGAAUUUGAAAAUCUGAAUGUAGGUUCUCAAUUAAAUGCUUAAAUCAUAGGAGAAAACAAAGAAAAUAACAAAUAAAUUUUUGAUUUGACAUGCUUAUCCGAUCAUGUUGAAUUAGAAAAAGAUGUACAAAAAGAUAACAAUAAAAUCGUUUAUGGUAUAAUAAAGCAUAUCAAGAGUGACUCAAAAUCACCUUUGGUUGUCCAAAUCUAUUACAAUUAUAAUGUGUUUAUUGAUGGUUGGGAUGUAAAUAUUGAACAACCUGAAAUUCUAAAUAAUUUAGAAUAGUAUAUCUAAUAAGGACAUCCAGUAAAGGUUAAAUUAUAUGAAUUUGAUAAACAGUUGAAAGGAAUUAUCAUUACUGAUGAGGAACAACUACAAUAAUAAUAAUAGAAUAUCAAUGAAAUUCUAUACACUAAGUAAACCUAUAGAAUUCUAAGUCAUCAUGAUUCAUAUCUAAGAGUGCAAUUAAAAAAUAGAUAGUUUGCAUCAAUUGACAUAACAGAAUUAUAAGAAUUAUGGGAAUUGAAUUUGUUUGAAUAGUUUCCAGUAGGAAGAUGGGGAGUGUGUAGAAUAAUAGCAAAGGAUAAGGUUUAUUGGGCUAGUGCCAGAGAAACAUUUCUAAAUGAUAAGUUAUGGAAUAAAUGUUUGCAUCCUGUAAAGAGUAACACCAUUUCUUAUUAAAAAAUGAUACUCUCUCUGAAAUACGAUGUUAGAACAUAGUUAUACAAAAAGACUCCUUUGUCUGUAGGUUAAGUGACUAUGGGGUACGUUACAGGAAGUACAUACAGUGGCACUUUUGUCAAGUUAAAUUAUGAAACAACCUGUUUAAUAAGAGGGUUCAAAACUGAUAUUAAGUAUAGACCUAUCGUUUUAAUGAUUACUCAAUUAAAUAAAUUAUAAGGAACUGUAGACUUGAACUUGCUUAAAUAUAAAUUAGAUGAUAAAUAGAUAAGAAUUGGAGAUGUAGUAUAAGGUUUGAUCGUGAACAUCAGAAAUGAAAAGGCAGCAGUGAAGAUUUUGGGUACUCUUUAAUAGGGAGAAUUGGAUAAGAAAGAUGCAGAGGGAUUGGAAGGUGAAGAUGGUUGGUGGGCUAAUAAGUUGUUUAAGAUCGGAUAGUAAAUAGAAUGUCUGGUGAUUGGACAAAGAUAAAAUAAAAAUAAUUAGACAGUUCUUAGAUUAAGCAAUAUUUAAGAGUUGAUUAAUACUGAAGGAAAGAGAAAAAUUGAGUUAGGAGAUAUUCAAUAGGAUGUUAUAGAUUUGCAUUAGAGUUUUGAAGAAAUGGUCAAAUAACACUAAAUUAAAAACAAUGUAAUAGUAGAAUAGCAGACUUAAAAUAGAGAAAUAGAAGAGGAAAUCGAAUAAGAAGUUAAUGAAGGAGAAGAAGAGGAGGAAGAUGAAGAAGAGUAAGAAGAUCAUAAGGACUAAGAGAUUGAAGAAGAAAAUGAUUAAGAAGAAAUUAGAGAGGAAGUAUAAAAUUUAGAAUCAAGAGCUGAAUAUGAGAAGUAAUAAUAAUAUAUUUAUUUAUUUAGGAAAAUAUUAACAAAUCCCAAUUCAUCUGUUAUUUGGAUUGAAUUUGUGGCUUAUGCAGCUGAAAAUGAAGGUAUUGAGAGUGCUAGAAAUGUCAUUGAAAGAGCGCUAAGAGUUAUCAAUUUCAGUAAUGAAUUAGAAAGAUUGAAUUUAUGGACAGCUUACUUAAAUUUGGAGUUCAAUUUUGGAUCUGAGGAUAAUUUAAUUAGUGUCUUUAAGAGAGGAUGCUAAAAUUGUGAUGGAAAGAAACUACAUAUAAAGUUGAUAAAUAUCUAUAGAAAGGCUGAAAAAGUUGAUCUAACAGUUGAAUUAUCAAGAGUAUUUUUGCAUAUUUACCUCUAUAGUCUUUUGUCCAAAAGUACAAAUAAAGUUGCAAGAGUUGGAUGGAAUUUCUAUAGAGCCUGAUGGAAUGGUAAAAAGUACACGAUGAUGAAAACCCUUAAUAUUCCUUUAAGGAUACGUUAAAUAGAGCUAUGUAGUGUUUGAAAAAAUCAAAAUAAGUAAAACUCUUGUCAUUUUAUGGCCGAUUGUAAUUUUAAAAUAAUUAAAUUGAAGAAGGAAAAACUACAUAUGAAACUAUUUUGGAUAAAAAUUCUACAAGGUAUUAAAUAGAAAAAUAUUUAGAACUGACUUAUGGUCAUAAUAUUUGGAUUUAGUGAUUAAAUAUUGCUAACCUGAUGUGGUUCGAUCAAUAUUUUAAAAGGCUAUUCACAAUAAUAAGAAACCAAGAAAAAUCAAAUUUUUAUUUAAGAAAUAAUUAGAAUAUGAAAAUUAAUAUGGCGAUAGUGCAACAAUAUAGAAAGUAAAAGAAUAAGCAGAAUAAUGGGUUUCAUAAUUCAUGUAAAAGGAUGUAUAAUAGGAAGAAGAUGAGGAUUCAGAUUGA